AUACAGGAAUAUUUUUUGCUGUCACCAACUCUUUCAUAUUCUUCUUCCUCCAUAUUUGAUGUAAGCCAAACUCUUUCUUCAUCACAUUCAAAAACAUUUGUUAUUUGCGUGACCAAUACCCCCAUAUCAUUUCAUCCCCUUCCGGGGUUGAUUUGAUAUCUGAUAAAGUACAUUUUCUCCACCAGUCCUAGAGGCAUAUUUAUCAUUUUAAAACAUCUUUCAGGAACACGUGACAAGAUGUUCAAGCAGGGUGGCAUGGACAUUGAGUCCGGCCAAAAAGGCGGUGGCGUUGGUGGUGGCCAAAUAUAUCCAGGGCAAAUGGAAGAUCCUCAGAUGAGAUGGGCAUUUAUCAGAAAAGUUUACUCCAUUAUAUGUGUGCAGCUUUUCGUCACCGCCGUGAUCGCCACCGCCAUGUUCUUCACUCCAGCAGUCAAAGUUUACAUGCGAACCAUUAUGGGCAAAGUCACCAUUAUUGUCCUUCUUGUCAUCGCUUUUAUACUUGUCUUCUUGAUGGCAAAAUACGGCAAAAAACAUCCAUGGAACUAUGUACUUAUGUUCGUGUUCACCUUGUGUCUGGCAUGUGUUGUGGGAGUGGCCUGCGCAUUUAAAAGCGGGGAAACUAUCUUGAUCGCUGCUGGGCUGACGGUUCUUAUAACUGUUAGUCUUACCCUCUACACAUUUUGGGCUGCAAGUAAAGGCAAAGACUUCACCUUUCUUGGCCCAUUCUUAUUUUGUGCCUCCAUAGUCCUCUUUAUGUUUCUUCUAAUGCAGUUUGUUCUCCAUCUAGGAAAAGAAGCACGCGUGGUAUAUAGUUGUCUUGCAGCACUCCUAUUCUCAGCGUAUAUCAUAUACGACACAAAUAACUUAAUCAGGAACUUCACAUACGAUGAAUAUGUCAUCGCAGCAAUCUGCCUUUUCGGAGACAUCGUUAACCUAUUCUUAGCUCUUCUUGGCCUCACUGGUGAUUAAAGAAA